UGUGCUUGGUUUUGCUUCUAAAGCAAGAAUAAAAGAUUGUACACACUGAAACUUCAGAAUUUGAUUCUGAUUUUCAGUGAAGUAUAAAAAGAACAGAUUGAGUUAGUUGUCUCAAGCCAGUAGAAUUGUUGAGAAAACCAGAAGAUCAUAAUGGCUGGCACCGGAUGGAUUAUUCAAGUUAAUGAAGAUCUCAAGGACAUGGAAGGUCUUUCAACAGAGAAGCAUCACUGGAAUAAGGGGUCAAUCUACAAAUUACCAGCCAGCCUCACAGACAUUAACAAGAAGGCCUACAAGCCUCAAACAGUCUCCUUCGGGCCUUACCAUUAUGAUCCUUCAAAUCCAAUGGAGGAACACAAGCAUCGCGCGCUGCUUCAUUUCCUCAAAAGAUGUGGAAAGUCUGUUGAGCUGUUUGUAGAUGCAUUGGCUGAAGUAGAGAAUGAUUUGAAGGACUCAUAUACUCUGCUUCAUUCUGUGCCGAAAGAAGUUACAGACAUAUUCCUGCAACUGAUGAUUUUAGAUGGCUGUUUCAUGCUAGAAAUUUUAAGGACUGCUGCUCAUGUACAGCUGGAAGAUUAUGCUCCUAAUGAUCCCAUCUUCAGCAAUCAUGGUAGGCUCCAUGUCGUGCCAUACAUCAAGCGUGACAUGUUAAUGCUAGAGAAUCAGUUGCCAAUGCUUGUUCUUGAAAAGCUGGUGGCAGUUGAACAUGAUAAAGCUAAGGAUGAAGGGUUUGUGACCAAGCUCAUACUCAAGUUCCUCUGCUCCUGCAAUGUUUCUCCAAACAUGGCAAAGGGUGUGCAUGUAUUGGAUGUGUACAGGAAGAGUCUGCUUCAGCAUGAGCCUGAUCACAAAUAUAUUCGCCACAAAAUAAGAUCAAUGGAGCGUGAUGAUGAGAUUAUCUGGUCCGCAACAGAGCUCAACGAAGCAGGAAUCAGGUUCAAGAAAAGUGCAACUACAAGCCUCAAAGACAUCACAUUCACCCGGGGAGUGCUGAGGCUCCCUGUUGUUCUUGUGGAUGACACCACUGAGUCCAUGUUUUUAAAUCUGAUGGCAUUUGAGAGAUUCCAUGUAGGAGCAGGAAAUGAGGUGACAUCUUAUUUACUCUUCAUGGACAACAUCAUAGACAAUGCAAGGGAUGUCGCCCUCUUACAUUCGAAAGGGAUCAUCCAUAAUGCUUUGGGGAGUGACAAAGCAGUGGCUAAUCUGUUCAAUUCACUCUCUAAGGAUGUGACACAAGACCCAGAUAGCAGCCUUCAAAUUGUGCAUAAGAGGGUGUAUCACUACUGCAGAAAGCCGUGGAAUAGUUGGCGCGCCAAUCUUAUUCACACUUACUUCAGAAAUCCAUGGGCUGUUAUCUCUUUCGUUGCUGGUGUCUUCCUCUUUGUGUUCACUAUAGCUCAGACUGGAUAUUCCAUAUAUCCCUAUUACCGUCCACCAAAUGAAUCUUCUCCUUCCACUGUCAUUCUCGUUCCGGCUCCUCCUCCUCCAAAUCAUUCAUCAUCCGACUCCACCUCCCCAUCAACACUUGUGAUUUCUUUCAUCCUUGUUACCAUGGGAUGCAUGCUUACCAACUGAUGGAUUCAGUAAAUUGUCUGUGGGGUUUCGCGUUGUUUUCUUCAGUGAUUUCUUUCCUCUCAUUUGUAUUGAUUUCUUUUUGUUUGCGGUGAAUACAAUCUUGAGACUUCACCUCCUGUUGGAACAAAUUCCUCACCACAACAAUGGUUUAUACCAGCAUU